AUGCAAUCUCUCAGUGUCCUCCUAGCCAGUCUGGUGGCCUUCUCAGCCCCAGCGGUCGCUGCCCCUUCACCAUCAUCCUCCGUCUCCCUGUCUUCCAAGAUUAUAGGCCAGCUUCCAGACGGCACUUGGCUGGAGAACCUCGCAGUGAGGCCCAAUGGUGACAUUCUCACCACGCUGCUCUUUCCCUACGGGGCCAUCUACACCAUUCGACAAUCCCCGCAAGGUCUCCAUGGCCUGGAGCUGCUUGCCAACUUCAGUUCUGUCAAUUCCCUCGGUGGCAUCUCUCCCGUUGCCGUUGCCAGCGGCCUUGAGACUUAUGUCGUAGUCGGCGCCAACACCACUGGCCUGUCUCAGCCCAUCCGUGGCACGUUCAGUGCCUGGACCGUCACCUUCCAGCCGACGAAAUCAGGCGUCACUCGUGAACAAGUCCGAAUUAACAAGGUCAGCGACAUGAGUCCCAACAGCACCUUUCUCAACGGCGUCAUCAGCAUCCCCGACGUGCCUCACGCGGUCCUCGUUUCCGACUCUGCGGCUGGCAGCGUCGGUUAUCUUGACAUCCAGACAGGCGAGCUUGAUCCCGACGCCUUUGUCUUCCCCGAGAUGCAGCCUGUUCAGGGCGGCGCUUUUCCACUGGGCAUUGACGGCAUCCGUAUCCACGACGGCUACCUCUACUGGACCAACACUCUCCGGGUCGUCAUCUACCGCGUCGCCCUGGCCGCCUCUGGGUAUCCAGCUACAGGGGCCACAGCAGAGAUCGUUGCCAAUCUGACUUCGCUUGCCCACGGCCUUGAUGACUUUGCUUUCGACUCUCGUGGCAACAUUCUUGCCGCCACUAACUUUGACAACUCGGUCUUGUAUGUUGACACGCGCACUGGAGACGCCAAGACCAUUUUGGGCGGCGAGGACGACAUCACUUUUGCUGGCUGCACCGGUGUGUACUUUGGACGGGGAUGGACUGAGCCCAAUACUUUCUUUGUGAGUACAUCUGGUGGGUUGGCGAAUCCUGUCGGUGGAAACAGGACAGCUGGUGCAAGUAUUGUGUCUGUGGUGGCUUCACGGACUUUAUGCAGUUGA